GAGGGGCGGUACCGAAGGAGAAGGAGCAGGGAAAUGGGACUGAGGAAGAGUUGAAUGGAUGGAGGGCUUCAGAGGCUGGGAGAUGGAGCACGGCGGGAAUGGCUGGAGCGUGGAAAACAACCUAAUGCUGGUGCCCGGGGCUCCUUCCCAGACCUGCUUCGUGACUUCUUUCGAAUGGUGCUUCAAGAGGCAGCUCGUGGACCUGGUGAUGGAAGGCAUAUGGCAGGAACUGCUGGACAGUGCCCAGAUUGAGAUCUGUGUGGCCGACUGGUGGGGCGCCCGAGAGGGCUGCGGCUGCGUCUACCGGCUCCGAGUCCGCCUCCUGGACGUGUACGAAAACGAAGUGGUCAAGUUCUCCGCGUCGCCCAACCCGGUUCUUCAGUGGACUGAGCGGGCCUGCCGAAAGGUCUCCCACGUCUUCACCAACUUUGGCAAGGGCAUCCGCUACGUAUCUUUCGAGCAAUACGGGAGAGACACGCGUUCCUGGGUGGGACACUACGGUGCCCUGGUGACCCACUCCAGCGUGAGGGUGAGGAUCCGCAGGUCCUAGCGACCUGCCCGGUGGUGCCUUGAGGGAAGUACUGCCAGCUGCUGGAGUCAUCAGCCAAGACCAGCUCUGCAGCCAGAAGCUAGAGGAUGCCUGGGGAUGGUGGUGGGGAGGGUCUCACGGGCCAUUCCCAGCACACCUCCAGUGAACCCCGCUUGCUGGCUGCUUCAGCAUAGUGGUCCUCAUGCUGUGUGACAAAUCAGGGAUCCAACCAGACUGUUCACUGCUGCCUCAGGUGGGGGGUGGGGAGUAUCAAAAAAUAACUCAGAGAUAUUU